UUACGGCAACUACAUCUCUGGGAGUGGCAUACGGAGAAGAAGGGGAGGAGGAGGAGAAGAAGUUGCCAGCAUGGCGUUUACACUGUACACUCUCAUCCAGACCGCUAUUCUCUGCACUAAUGCAAUCGCCGUGUUACACGAGGAGAGGUUUCUCAGUAAGAUCGGUUGGGGGGUUGACCAGGGAGUUGGAGGUUUUGGAGAUGACCCAGGAGUCAAAGCCCAGGUCCUCAACCUCAUCCGCUCAGUCCGGACCGUCAUGAGAGUGCCCUUGAUAAUAGUGAAUGCCGCCUGCAUCGUCCUGUUGUUACUGUUCGGUUGAUCCAUCAGUUCACCGGGCCGCGGGACUAGACAUGUGCCAAGGAACAAACACACACACACACACACACACAACGCGCUGUCAUUUAGCGACUUCUGUCAUUGUCAGUCAUCGGCGGAGCGGAAACAUUUCUCCACGGGGCUGGAACUGGGAAAGACAAACAUAAAAAUAUCAACCUCUGAACUGCACAUGCUCAGACUUCCUCACUUUCCUCAUCAGGACCAAAAAAAAGAAUGAUUAUCUUAAAGUUAAAACGCCACAAAGUACGAUGACUCUCCUCCUAUCCAGCGUUGUGUCGGACCAAUUGUGUUAUUCAGAACAUGAGAUGAAUCUGUUUUAAGGAUUUAAUGACAUGUUGUGUUUUUUGUCACUUAAAGUUUGGAGAAUCUUAAAUAACGCUUGGGUUAACGUUGUUAACCUUAUUCCAGUCAGCUGGACAGGAUUUUAACUUUUCUAACACAUUGAUACAGAAAGAUGGUGAAAGAUUUGUUGACGCCUUGUCAACAAAAAGAGUGUUUUCGUUCUAAUGGGUCUGCAGGACUUUUUAACACCUCUGAUUGGAUUUGUGACAGUUCAGGAAAUCCACAAUAAAACAACAGUGAGAAUUCAGUCAUUCUGAGCAGCCUCGGUUUAAAUGUUGUAACAAUUAUUCCUGUGUGAGAAUUAUGUUAAGUGUGUGUACAUGUACAUUUUAUGGAGUAUUGCCAAACACAGCUCAGACCAAUGUACUGUUUACACGUUGAUACCUUCUAAGUGCCACAAACGCUGAGAGGGUUUGUUGUCUUGAAAUAAAUUUGUUAUUCAGUUUCA